AUGAUAGAUCACUUAUGUUUCGAUAUACUGAAUGGCCAUGACUAUUGGCUACCGUUUACUCUAAACUCAGCUAAUCGUGUUAAUACGUUGAUAUUUGAUGCAAUUGCACCUGGUGGUGAUAUUCGUGUUACACUCAGUCCAAUAAAUACCAAAUCGACGUAUCAAACAGACAUACCAGUUUAUAAUCUGGCUAUUGGUGGUUGUUGUAACUCUUCAUCAUAUAUUCGUAGAACAAAUAACUCCAAUGCAGCAAAAGUUGUUCAAUCAUCUGCUGUUGAAUGUCUGGCAGAUAAGAAUCGAUGCACAUAUUGGUUUUCGUUCGAUUCUCAAACUGGUUGGGUUAGUUUUGGAAAAGGAACUGAUACAAGUUUAUCAAAAGCACUACUGAAAUGGCAAGAUCCAUCACCAUUGUUGAAUCUGAAGUAUGUUGGUUUAAGUAAUUAUAACUACAAAAUCAACUUUUACAACAUUCGACUCGCAACCUCGACCAGUUUACCGCCAGCUCCUCGUAGACUUUUGCCAUUAUUUAUUGAUGCUGAAAAUCUGGUAAAAUCGACAUUUCCAAACAUUGCAACAUUGACACCACCACAGCUGUCACAAGUGAGACUUCUAGCUGCUUGGUUGAAAGCAUCUAGUGCACAAAAGCGACUUGAUCUUUGUUCGGGAGCAAUAGAGGAAACUGAAACUGUUGUUUCGGUGUUUAACACUUUACUCGAAUCUUUCGGUAUCAAAGCUGGUAUAACUGAAAAAAGCAAUGAUGAUUCAUAUUUGAAACAAAGAUAUAUGGGUGGGCUGGAGUAUGCAAGUCAAACAAUGCGUCUGUCAUUUCCAACUUCUUCCAUAUUCGCAUUAGAAAGUCAAGAUCAACAAUUGUACUCAUCCGCAAACGAAAUCGAACUAAAUUUACUUGGAAAUACACAGUUAAUUCCUGUUGGCUCGAGCCAACGCCAAAUAUUCGUGGAAUGUUUUGAACAAGAUAUAGCCAGUGCUAUUGAUAUUCACCCAAAUGCCGUUCUUAUAAAGGAGAUCAUAUCCAAUACUGAAGGGUUGACAAUAGUUAUGGUGAUCACAACCGAUCCUGUAUCACAAAAAUCAGGAUCUAAUUCGCUGAAUGAACUCAUACAACAAGUAUCAAACAAAAACUCAAAGAUAUUCGGUGGAAUCGUUUCUCGUUCUAUCAUCUCCUACAAUAAAACCAGUGUGAAAACUGUUCCUAUCUUUCAAUAUUUUGAAUUGUCGCCCGAGGAUUUCAAUACCCAAUACAAUAAAGACUAUACUUAUAUGAAAUUGGCUCCUAUGAAGCAGAAGGGCAUUUGGGUGAAUAUCAAUAGCACUGGCUAUAUCUUGUUCAAAACA